GUAUAGGAGUGACUGACUGUUGGUUUCAUUCAUUUUGAUGCUUAUAGUGCUUGAAGUGCUUGUAUUCGCUAUACUGUAUUGCAUUGUAUGCUAUACUCAACGCUAUGCUAUGGGAGGCAGUAAUCAGUGAUCACUGAUUGCCAUCAACUCAUCACCAAAAAAGCGCCAUAAACUGUGAAACUGCGGACACGUUGUGACGAUCGUUGCCAUCAUUGGGAUCCGUUUGGGUGAUGACUGGCCGCCAAUGCAUGUGUGGUGUAUGUGUGAGAGUGUAGUGCGGGUGUGAGGGGUAGGCCUUUGGCUAUUGUGGUGACCAGUGGUGCACACUCUUCACGGCUGGCCUUUGGGUUUGUGUCUGCUUUGAUGUCUCUUCGCCACACAUGACAUAAUGAUAACCGUAUUAGACAUGAAUAGUAAUGCAUUCCUCCCUGUCUUCAGAUGACAUGUGCACCAAAAGUGUCGUUCGUUUUCGCUUUUCACUCAAAGAUAAUUGCGAGACAUUAGAGACAUUAGACCUCAAUCUGAGCGACAGUUCCAUCGAAACUCAAUCCAAAUAUCUGUCAACCAUUUGUUCCAUACGUUCGACAAUUGGUGUCAAACCUAAUAACCAAUUGAAUACCGAAAACCUUAAUAUGAAUAAAGGGCUCCAAAACGGCCAUCAAUUGAAUGACAAGAGCUUUAUUGAUCACAAUUUGGACAUUAACUCAAUCACCACUACUACUAGUUCUUCGAGCACCUCAUCGGUAGUGAGCACUUGUAUUGACAAUAUUGGCACCUCUUGUGAGCCAACAAUGGGUUUGUCAAACGCCACCUCCAAAGACAGUCUAACACAACAUCUUUUACUCAAUUCAUUGAAGUCCGGGAAACCAGAAAACGGACAGCGAAUCGAUUUGUCCUCCAUUUCGUGGACUGAUUUGAAACACAACUCAAACAAAGCCAUGGAUUCGGCCACACAUUCGCCACAAAUCGAGACCAUCAGUGAGAGUCAGACACUCGACAACAACUGUUUGGCUCAAAAUUCUCCUCUCACUGACCAAACUGUGGAUCAAAUGAUCGAAGAAGUCCUCAACAAAAGUGAUUCACAAGUGAGAGAAGAACUGACUUCUCAAUCAAUUCUCGAGAACAACACCAAUGAUGAACAACAACCGCAACAUCAGUGCUCUUCUGGACACCCCAUCGAUCACUUGAACGGUACGAAAAGUGAUGGACUCUUAGAGUGUGGACCGAAUUUGGAUACAGUUGUCGGGUUGGAAGCGAUAGAUGCGACCGAAGAGCACAUGUCUUUAGUCCGUCAAACGGAGCGAUUGAUGCGACGGAUCAGACGUUUGCAAUUCAGACAAACGCACAAACAUUUGACUCAACAAAUGAAAGCAUUUGUCAAAAACCAACAAAACGUGUUGAGCAUCGGGUGUCAGAGACAACCCGAACCCAACACCCCGUCUGUCACUCAACUUCAGUCCCACUCGAAUCCAGUCGAGGAUCGGAUGAAACUGUUAACUCCCGAAGGGGUGAAAGGGUUGUCCACUUCGGCUCUCGUCAAUCUCGUGAAGAGGUUGGGCUCAACGACCACUCCUAACAAUGAGUCCAACCAUUUGCGUGACUAUUAUGCCCAACAAACACCAAAUCGACCACAACUUCAAACCCCAUCCAUCACUUCGAGCCCCCAAUCAUCCACUCUUUUACCUCAAGUAACCCAAACGCCCACAACUGGGUCUCAACUCUCCCAACAAGUAUCCAAUUCUAGUGAGAAGUCGUCUUUAGUUAAGUUAUUACAAAAAAGUCAGUCCCAGUCGUCAUCACAACCGCAACAACACACCAGAGUUAACACCGAAGACAAAGACGCCAUUCUCAACACUAUCGACACACUGUCCACUAAUUUAAGACAUUUCGAAAGCAGAUUCGAUUCCGACGCCACUGACAGCAGUUCCGGAGGUGAGAGUUGUGAUGAACUCGAAGAUUAUAGUGAGGAUUCAGUGCCACAGCAUUCGACUCCCAUUCAACAAACCACUGGACACUUGUUUCCAAUGCGAAAGAGAUCGUGUUGGAAGUGGUGUGUGGAGAGGGCGGCCAUAGCAUCUCGAUGGACAUGGCUUCAGGCACAGGUCGCGGAUCUCGAAUUUCGGAUUCGGCAGCAAAACGAAAUGUAUCGACAAUUAAGGGCUACCAAAGGGUCGAUAUCUUUCGGAACGAGUGACCACAAUCUCAUGGUUCCGACGCCUGUUGUUUGCAAACCAAACACAUUGAGUACUUCAGUGACAACUAAUGGACAGCCACUGCAAACACAAAGCCAAGUGACGGGUGAUGUGUCGGCGCCACCACAACAACCGCCGCCGACACACGCCGAUAGUGAUAGUCAUUACUGUAUGCGAACUCUACCGAUGAAUAGUAUGCGAAAGCGAAAACUAGUCCACUCGAUGAGUGCUCUGUCGGGCGCCACCAGAAAAGCUGCUAAAUAUUCGACAAUUCAGUGCUCGUGCAAUGGUCUGCCGGACAUGAUGUGGCCGUGUGUGCUGUGCAACGGCCGCUACAGCUAUGUCCAUGUCAUCGACACCGACUCUAUGCCCCACUUCGAGAGGGUAGCCCUUCUCGACUCGGCCUGUCAUCCCGUACUCUCAUUAAACAACGGUAACUAUCGUUCACUCAUUUUGUGUCUCAUUUUAUGCCUCAAUUAG